AUGAGUGAAAUUAGUCCUUUUAUUUUAAAGGCAACAUAUGUUUAUAAUCCCACGAAUGAAUGGUAUCAAUGUGUUGUUUCAUAUGAGGAGCAGCAAUUUCCAAUUAAAUGUCUUCCUCCGCGUAGUUGUCGAAAUUUUCCUCCAACAUUUUUAACUCCAGUUAUUAAAUCAUUUGCGAAGAUACCUCCUGGAGGAAUGAGUAAGAUGAAGAGCAGUUCUUCAAUCGAAAAAAUUAAUGAAUACGUUCUAAGCCUCAAUUUAGUCUCGAAAUUCGAAGGCUCGAUAAUUCUUUUAAAAGAACCGAUUCCAAUUUCUGCAAAUAUCUCAAUACAUGGCGAAUCUCUAAUUGGAUGGUUCCAGUUAAACUCAAUUUUACAUUUUAUCAAAGGAGUUAUAAAUUCAAAAACUCAUGACACCAGGCUAAGUAUUUUCAGUGCUUCCGAUGCAUGCUACAAAAAUCUUACCGGAAAAAUUACAAUUAAUCAAGGAACAGUUAAUAUAAUGGCUUCUUUAGGAAAACUCAUCAUCUCUCUAACGGCAUCUGAAGAAACAACUCUUAAACCGGGCGAAGAUGCAUUUUUAUGUGGCGAAUACAUGGGAUUUCAAGAAGAUGAUUCACAAGACUUAUAUUUGACAAUCCAUGCAACUACAGAUGGCCUUGUACACGCUGAUGUUGUCGAUGGCCGCAAAAACAAGUUUAGUCUUCUCGGAUGCAGAAAUCCAAAUGAAAAUUCCAUAUUUUUCUUAACAGAAACCGAUUGCAACCUACACUUUAUCGGAACAAUAUCAGGCAAUGCCAAUGACCUAUCAAUAUGCGGAAUUUGGAAAGAAAGAGAAAAAUCUGGUUCUUUCUCAUUCUUCAAGUCACAGAACUGA